AUGCCUCCGAAGCGUAAGAGAAACGAUCGGGGUCCGAGUGACUCUGGUCCCUCGAGGCCCUCGCCCCACCGACCGGGAGAUACAACACUCGGUCAGCACGAUCGAAGCUUCGAUGGCGGACGUAGCGGCCGCGGGGGCAGGAACCCACGGAGAGGGGACCGUCGCGAUUCUGAUCAACCACGGGUGCCCCCGACCCCAACGAAUGCGCCAGGUCCUAUAUCUCCGCCACUUCCUCGCCCAUCCAGCUCCUCUUCCUCGGCCGUUCUUCCACCUCUAACAGCAGCUGUUGCAACAACGACCGCCGCGCCAUCGGCACCGCCUUCUCCCGUUCAACCGUUCCAACCUUUCUACGACUACAGCAUCAUCACCGAUGAGCGCGUAAGCAGGUGGGCAGAGAGCGCCAGGCAAGAAGUCAUACAGCAUGGCGUCCAGUCGCGCGACGACGAGGACCUCACAGAGGUCGUCAUGAUAUUCCAAGAGCUCAUCCACUCAGUCAUUGGCGGCCGGCUGCAAGGUCUCGAUGCUGGCGGCGUUGUCAAGGAGAUUCUUGGCCCCGAUUUGUCAGAGGCGGACCGCAAUGCUCUAGUUUUCGACCCCCACACUCUGUUCCUCGACACCGUCUCGACCUUCUUAGAUGUCGAAUCCGGGCCCAUCACUCCUCAGCUGCGCGAGUUCAUGGUGGCAACAGAGAUAUCUCCUGGUCUGAUGCGCCUCGUUCUGGACCCGCCCAUUCUCCAACAGCUCGAAUUGAUUCGCGACACCUUCGUGAGGAUGGGUAUCCGCCAGUCGACGAAUCUCCUCUACCGGCAAGCAAACUACAAUCUGUUACGCGAAGAGACGGAGGGCUAUUCAAAGCUCGUCACCGAGCUGUUCACAACGAGCAGCAACGAGCCGCCCAUAGCCGAAGUUGUGCAAGCCACAUUCAACAAGGUUAUGGGCCUUAUCGGGACCUUCGACUUGCAUCCUGGCCGCGUUCUGGAUGUCACGCUUGAUGUCUUCGCUGCUGUGCUCAUCAAACAGUUCCGCUUCUUCAUAAAAUUCUUGCGUGUCAGCUCGUGGUGGCCUCGCAGUCAGCUUACCCUGCCGACUGACACAUUCACCGGUGGCCUGCCCAUAUGGGCUUUGCCCGACCACUCCGGCUGGGCCGCAACUGAAGAGGAGGAGGCUGUCCUCGCCACACAACGGCUACAGCGAGAUAUCGCCUUCUGGGAUCGAGCGCGCGAGGUCAAGCUCGACGCUUACUUCGAGUUGGGUGGCAGGCGGCUAACUGCCGAGGAAGAGGAACACCUCGCAAAUGGCUCCACCGAAGACGGCCUGGACUCUAGCAUCGAGAAAGAGUGGAUCAGGAUAACCAAGACACUUCCUCCCCCUGGCAACCGAGACGCUGCCCAGAUGCUUGGGUUCAAGCUGCGCUUUUAUACGUCCGAAGGGCGGGAUCCUGAAGACACGCUUCCCGCAAACUUGCUCUAUCUCAUCGCACUCCUGAUCAAGGUCGGCUUUAUCUCGCUGACUGACCUAUGGAACCACAUAUGGCCCGAAGACGACAAAAUGGAAACUGUCAGGGAGCAGAGGAUGAAGGAGCUUGAAGAGAAAGAGAAGGCAAGCCGACUUGGUGGCGAGAAAAACGCGCUCAUGAUGGCCGGAGCUCUCCCAGACGACAUGCCUCCUCCCGGAAAUCCACUCCGCCGCGAUGCCGCGACGAGCAAGCCCGAUGCUGAAACCAAAGCCGCGGAGCCGGCAGAAGAGAAAUCCAAGCUGCCAGAGCCCGCCGACCAAAAGGUCCAUCUUCUCAAGUGCCUUCUCACGAUUGGCGCCAUUCCCGAAUCCCUCUUCAUGAUCGGGCGGCACGACUGGGUUCUGCAAGCCUAUCCCGACCUGAUCCCCUUACUACAUCGCAUCCUCCACCACUCCAUUGAGACUGUUUAUCAGCAAAGCCGGCUUGUCUCUUCCCGGCCGACUGAAAUCCCAGCAAAAAAGCUUCCCGAUCUGGAUCAGUCUGGCGUGCCCAAAGGCAGCGUGAAACUGAACUCGCCACCUGUCAGACGGGCAUUGAGAUGGCCCUUCCCGGACAAGGCGGAGACUGGAGACGGAAGCUCCUACCGAUUUUACUGGGACGAGUGGGCGGACAAUAUCCCAGUGUGCCAAACAGUUGACGAUUUCUUCACCCUCUGCGACACAUUGCUAAACAUCGUUGGCGUGAACAUUGGUCUCGAUGCUUCUCUAGUGGCCAAGAUCACCAGCAUCGGCGCUAAGAGCCUCGCUGACGACCGGUCUCCCGAGAAUGUUUCGCGAUGGCACGACCUGCUCAAGCGACUGCUAGUCCCGUCGCUAAGCUUAGGCGAAGCCAACUCAUCAGUCGUCGAGAGUGUCUGGGAUUUGCUCAAACAAUAUCCUAUCCGCACCCGGUUCACCAUCUACGCCGAGUGGUACGAAGGCUCGGUUUCCAGACUCGAGCCUGUGCGGAAGGCCUUCGCUCGGACGAGGCUGGAGACACUCAGCAAAAUGAAACGGCUCUCUCUGACCAACAUCCCUCAGAUGGCUAAGAGCUUGGCCAAGAUUGCCUAUCCGUCCCCUGGCAUCGUUUGCAAGGUCGCGCUGUCCCAGAUCGAGGCAUACAGCAACCUGAUUGAGGCAUUUGUCGAGUGCGCCAAGUACUUUACCGACCUAGGCUACGAUGUCCUGGUCUGGUCUGUGUUGAGCUCACUCGGUGGCCAGCAAAGGAGUCGUACCCAGGAGACAUCGGUGCUGCUCACCAGCAAGUGGUUACAGGCGCUCUCGCGCUUCUCCGGAAAGGUCUUCCGGCGUUAUUCCAACAUGGACCCCUCGCCCGUCCUGCGUUAUGUCCACAGCCAGCUCCUCCAGGGCAACUCGACCGAUUUGGUCAUCUUGAAAGAGCUGAUCGGCUCCAUGGGAGGCGUUGUUUCCGACCUUGACUUUACUGACGCCCAAUUACGAGCCAUGACCGGCGGCGAACUCCUGCGGCGUGAGACGCUCGUCAACCUGGGCGACAAGCGGGCGUCCUCAGCUCGGAGCGCGGAACGCCUGGUCAAGGCCUUGUCGCAGUCCAAGCUGGCCGGCCAGCUUCUUAUCAACAUCGCACAGUAUCGACAGAAUGCCAUCUACACCGCAGAUGGGAGUGCACGCAUCAAGUACCUUUCGAGCAUUGUCGAUGAUACCCACCAGAUUCUCCUUCAAUAUCUGGACCUGCUCCGCAGCGACUUGGAUCCCGACACAUUCGACAGCCUAGUUCCCGAUAUCGUUCAGCUCAUGAAAGACUAUGGUCUCGAUGCAAAUCUUGCCUUCAUGAUUCGCCGAGCCAGCAUCCGCUGGGAAGUGAAGGUUCAUCCCUCACUCAAAGACAGCCCUUCCCAGGCGGCAAAGGCUGCAGCCGAUGUUGACGUUGACGGCGAUGUCGCAAUGGAGACGCCAGUCGAAAACGGGACCCCUGAUCAAGCUGAUGGCGUUCGCACAGAUGCAAAAGGGGAUCCGGGCGUCAAUACCGUGGCACCUAAGACAUCACACAACCGGAUCCCUGAAUCCCUCGCUGAGGCCCUGGCACCGCUUAUUGAGGACAUCCCCAGUGUCUUGCCCCACCAGACCUGGCGUUACAUCAGCCCGACAUGCUUUGUGUUUUUCUGGUCCCUGCAGCUUGGAAACUUGGUCUUCCCCCACGAUAGCUACCUUGCUGAGGGCGCGAGGCUCAAAAAGCAGGCAGAGGAAGUGAUGAAGGACAGAACAGACAUGACGCGGGCCGGCAUGAACAAGAAGACACAGAAACGAAACGAAAUACUCGACCGCCAGAAGCAUCUUCUUCAAGAAGCGAACGACGGGAUUACUCGAUUCUCCAAAACGAAGCUACACAUCGGCAGGCAGGUCGGCACCUGGUUUCCAGCGGGCAUGGCGAAAGCUGAUGCAACCUCCGAUGCCCUGCUUGAAGAAUGCAUCUUGCCCCGGCUGCAGCUCUCAGCACUGGACUCAGAAUACUGCUUCAGGCUUAUCAAAUUCCUUCACGAGUUUUCUGCGCCAAAUUUCAAACUCAUGUCGCUUUACGACCGAUUGUUUAACCACAAUCGCCUACGUGCCAUCAUCUUCACCUGCACGGUGCGUGAGGCUGAGCACCUGGGUCGUUUCCUGAAGCUCAUUCUUGGCGAUCUCUCUAGGUGGCACGGCGACAAGGCCCUCUACGAAAAGGAAGCCCUAGGUCUCAAGGAUCUCCAGGGGAACAAGACGAGACAAUAUCUCGGAUUUGCUACAGCCUUCGAUGCGGAAGGAAAGCCCACCGAGUUUAUUGAGCACGAUCCGUUCAAGGAGCUCCUGUUUCGUUGGCAUAAGGAGCUCAACACAGCAUUGAGAUCCUGCCUGAAUGGAAUGGAGUGGAUGCACAUCCGCAAUGCCAUUACCAUCCUCAAAACCGUCAUUGACUUCUUCCCGGCCAUCAACUUCAUGGCCGACAAGUUCCUUGACCAGCUCAAGACCAUCACCGAGCGUGAGGCACCCGCCAAGAACGCACCGGAAUCUGAGCAUGGUCACCGGGUGGAUCUUUCUGUCACGGCACAAACGACCUAUUCGGAGUUGCAAAAGAGGAAAUCCAAAUGGAUCCUCGUCCAGGCGUUCCGACCAGGCGUGAAGGGCGAUAGCAAAGAGGAAGGCAGAGGAUCCACGACCCCGGCCAACUCUGCUCUCCGCGCAUCGGCACCUGAGUUUAAGCCCAAUGGAGCCCGUGCCCAGCAACCUACCGAGGUGGAGGACGGGGAAGUCAAGGACAGUAAAGCUAGUAGCGGGCCCGCGAAAGCAAAGGAACCCAAUCCGCCAAAGGCACCGCCAGUCAAGGAGCCGUCGAGAGACACGAACGCGCCAGCGCAGAAACCUGGCGCGCCCAACACAAAUGCCGGAAGGCCAGUCACCCCAAAGCCUACUCAGCCCAUCUCUACUCCUGGUGGUCGACAGGAACCCCCCAAAUUCUCAACACUGCCCCCAGGUGGCCACGGACUUCCAAGCAGGCCAGAUCUUCCCAGCCGACCCAAUGUGCCCAUGCCUAGGUUCGACCAGGUUCGGCACGACCGGAGGGAUGUGCCGCCCCGGGAUGCUCGCGAUUACAGAGACAAUCGCGAGCCACGAGAUGCGCACCAACGUGACAUUCGCGAGCCCCAUCCCACUCGGGAGGGUAGGGAUUACCGAACUCCGGAAGCUGCACGGCCGGAGCGACCUCGAGACUUCCCACCUGACCGGCGCGCAGGCGAUGUCCCACCGCGCGAUAAUGGGCGUCCGGCCGACCGAGAAUGGCCGAGCCGACCAGAGCCCCCGGCGCGGUGGAACGAUCACGGCCCACCAGCUGAGCGAGAUGGUCGUCUCCCGCGAGAAAGACCGGCUCAUCCUUCGGGCCGCACCGACUCUCGGCCACCGAGAGAGCCAGCAGUUUCCACUCCACCAGCAACCGCAACUCAGACCGGCACGCAGGAGCCUCCGAUUAACCCAGAACGGGCACGAAUAAUUGGAGAAGCUGACCGACCUGAAAUCAUCAACCCUGCUCGAGCGGCACUUAUCAAUGACACGCGAGAGCCUCCGUUACGCCAGUCACCCAGAGACCAACCUCGUGAACCGCGCGAGCCUCGGGAGCCACGGGAGCAGCGUGAACAGCGUGAACAGCGUGAGCUUCGCGAGUCGCGUGAGUCUCGUGAGCGGCCCACUCGAACAGAGUCACCCAGACGAACAGAUCGUCCUACGCUGAAUGCUCCUCAGCCGGAUAUCCGCGAGGACCGUCAUGGCCGGCAUCGACACCCGGAGCCGCACGGGUUAAGCCGAGAGGUGCAUGCAGACAGCACACCGUCACACCCGCGGCCGGACCGCGGUGCAGACCGCGAAGAGAGAAUGGCCGGACCUAGGGAGUCGCCAUAUGGCGGCGCGCCCCGCCCGGAUCCCGAUCACGGCAGGCUCAAUCAGCAAGACCCCAACUACGGCCGGCUAAACCCAAUCCAGUCAGUGGUCGACAUGCCCGCAGGUGCACCCUCCGGUCCUCGAGGCCGCGGUGGUAGGAGUGGUGCUAGAACCGGGCCAAGCAGCGGACCCCCUGUGCGCCCAGACAACAGAUUCCCCGGACUGGAGCCAAUCAGGCCUCCGACCCCUGAACGCCAUCCGCCAACAGGGCCGUCGGCAUCGCGUGCGCGGCGAAGUCAGUACGAUAUGGCCAACCCAAAUUCGCCGACCACGGCCACGCCACCUGCCCCGGGAGUGCACCCGGAUAGAGUGCGUCACAUCAGCCAACAAGCAGCGCCUCCUCCGCCCCCGCCUCCGCCCCCACCACCGCCGGCUGGACCAGCAGGCAUUCAUCCAGAUCGGCUUAACCAGAUUGCUUCUCAGCCAACCGGCGGCAGCCCGCAUUCACGGCCGCCUAUGAACACGCCGGAUCGACCAUCAAUAUCGGUGCCUAGCUCGGGAGCGCGACAAGGGCCACCAGGAGCCAAUUCUGACUUCUCGACAACCCCGACUGGGCCGUCGGCCGGGACUGAGCGGCUACGGCCAGGGGGGAGACAGCUUCGGGGUAUUCAGAAUACAUUAGACAAGGCAUCGGCGGACAAUGCUCGAGGUCCGAGCUCGCGAAUGCCACGGACACGGCCUAGCUUGGCGGGGUCAGAUGCGCAAAUACUGGCCGGCUCCUCUCCCGUCACGACUCCUGUUCACGAGCGGCCGGAUGCUCUUCGGGACCCGUCACGUCGGGACAUGAGCCUAGAUCGUGCGCCGCGCGGACCAGAGCCGAUACAGGUCGUAGGAGACAGCCGCGAUGGCCGGGGUGGCUUGAAUGGGGAAGACUACGGGUCUAACCGGAACGAACACGAUCGUGGCCGGCGUGACCACCAUCGGUCAGACCGCAGCAGUCGGCCUUCUAGGCGCAGCAGUCGGGAGCGCUCCCAGGACCACGACCGUGAACGCGAGGCCAAGGAUCCCCGCGAUUACAGCAGGGAUAGGAGGAGUCAUCCGUCGUCGGGCACUCUCAGCGGCAACCGGGACGAGCGGGAAAUGGGUGCUCCUCGCCGACCCAUGCGCGAAUCGACGGGCGGCAGCCGGGAGGCACCCCCAGGCGGCAGAGACGCGCCGCCGCCGUCGCGCGAGUCGAGUCAUCGAAGUCACCGGAAUGAUGGCCCACCAGGGCCGGGUGGAAGGGCUGAGGGACAUGGUGGCAGGGGCGAGGGGGCAGGUAGAGGUGAAGAUUAUGCUCGGAGUGGUUCUUCGCGUGGCGGCGGCGCAUCGUCUAGAGAGUCUAGAUCGAGACCGGGCGAUGACCGCGGCGAUCCGCGGGGCGACGAUCGGGCCAGGAAGCGCAGGACGGAAGGUGCAGAGUCGGGGAACCAUCAGGACAAACGGCAGCGGCGGUAG